AAGAUAAUAAUACCCCGCUUACACCCUCUUCUCCGAAUUCUUCCAAUAAAUUUUAUACAAACAAUGAUAGUGAAAUUUUGCCAACAAAACGGCCAAAAGUUAAGGAUAAUGAUGAUAAUGACGAUGAAAUUACAAGUUCACCUACUUCAUUAUUUUCACCAAAUAUAA